GAAUUAUAUAAGGAACUAAUGUUUUUUCUGACCAGAACGAUUUAUUUUUAACUACAAUCCAAGUUUAAGAAUAUUUUUUUGUAGCCGCCGUGGAACUUCAUUAUGGCUUCUAGAUACGGCUAUAAAUUACUUAAGGAAAAGGACGAAGGCUCAAAUGAAUCGAUUUCAAAUUCUGGUUCCUCAGCUGAAGCGGAAGAUGGAAAUGAUGAUCGAGGAUUCACUUCGUCUUGCCCAGCUGUUCUGGAACCUUCAAGAGACAAAUCGCGUUUAUCACGUGAAAAAGUUGGAAGACACAAAAAUCUCCUGAAGGAGUACGUUAUCCGUUCAUGUCCCCAGCCUUCAAGCAGAGUGCUCGCAGACUUCACUGCAGCUAUAAGCUCGAGUGCGGAGAUUAUCCAUGAAGGUGAACAACAGAACAGCGGUGAACAUCAAAAUAGAAAUCAACAGCAGCAGCAGCAGGUGGUUCAGCCAAAAACCAACUAUUGCACUUCGUGCAUGAACUGGUACAAUAAAUACGCACGCCUAAUCAGGAAUUCCUGGCUCAUUCAUAUUUUCCAGCUGUUUGUUGGCGUCGAGUCUAUUUCUACAAUAAUUAUGGGAAUAAUAUUUUUCCAGGGUUGUGAAGGUGAUAACGCCAUCGCUGUUCUCGUGUUUAAUAUAUUAUUGGGAUUAUCUGGUUUGCUACUUGUUUACAAGUGGGUGGUGAAAGUCGUUCGUGAACGCAGUAGUGAGCGUUAUUGGAACUUUGAAAGGGACAGGCUUGUAUGGUACUUUGCUUUGGUCUUCUUUUUCUUGAUAUUGGAAUUCAUAUUCUCGAAUGAGAUGAAGCCGAUCACUCUAGAAGCCAGGAAAGAAGAUUUCAAAUGCGCGAAGACGUACUGCGAUUACUUGUAUUGCAUGCAUAUCACAAAUGCUGGGUGUUUAGCUCUUGCAGCCUUGCUUUAUCUCCCCGAUUGUUGCAGCUAUAUGUCAGCCUGGCACCAUUUGAUUCCCUCUCAUUGUAAUGGACACUAUGAACCACUCUGAAGUGUGCCUGUCUUGCUUUUUAAUCUGUAAUGGAAUUUGGUAAUUUUUAACGACUUGCUUGUUUAGAUAAAAAUAAA